GACUGAACACUUGGUCCACCCUGUGAGAGCCUCUGAAGAGUUAAUCGAUGAUGGAGAGAGUUCCAGGAGCUUUUCUCUUCCUUCUGGGGGUGAGUUUGACCUUUCUGAGCGCUCACAGCGUUCACGCCGGAAAGAUUCUGGUGUUUCCAGUAGACGGCAGCCACUGGGUCAACAUGAACCUGAUAAUCCAGAGUCUCCACUCCAGAGGUCACGAGGUCACGGUGGUCCGCACGGCCACCAGCUGGUACGUCAAAGAGCGCUCCCCUCAUUACCGCUCCAUCACGAUCACACUGCCUCAAGCCAUCAUCAUCGAGGAGGAGGACUUCUUCGUGAACAUGCUCGUCAAGAUGCUGGAGAUCAAGAGGCACGGGGCGUCUCCCAUUGGACUCGUGAAGUUUUACUGGGAGAUGCUAACUGCGCUGUCGAGCAUUCACCAACAGGCCAGCUUGUUGGCGGUGGAAAUAUUUGAGAACAGGACUCUGCUGCAGAGCUUGCGAGAUGCUCAGUUUGAUGUGGUUCUUCUGGAUCCAGGGUUGCCAGUUGGAGUUUUGGUGGCUCACGAGCUAAAGCUCCCAAUGGUAUAUAACGUGAAAUGGAUCACCAGUGGAGAGGGCCACUUUGUGGCGGCUCCCUCCCCAACGUCGUAUGUUCCUACCUGUGGACACUGUGUGACUGACAGGAUGACGUUUCUGGAGCGAGUCAAAAAUACGUUCUUUUACGUCUUCAACACCUACAUCGACAAGCUGAUCGUGUGUCCUCCCUACAACAGACUCGUGGAGAAAUACUUUGGUCCAGAUGUGACGUUCUACCAGCUUCUCCAAGGCGCCGACAUGUGGCUCAUGAGGGUGGACUUUGUGCUUGAAUUCCCCAGACCGACCAUGCCGAACAUCGCCUACAUCGGUGGGUUUCAGUGUAAACCGUCAAACCCUUUACCCACUGAGCUGGAGGAGUUUGUUCAAAGUUCAGGAGAGCACGGCUUCAUCUUGAUGUCUUUGGGAACGCUGGUUAAAGCUUUACCGUCAGAGAUCACUUCAGAAAUUGCUGCUGCUUUUGCCCAACUUCCUCAGAAGGUCAUAUGGAGGUACGUUGGCGAGCGCCCUAACAAUCUGGGCAACAAUACCCUUCUGGUGAAGUGGAUACCACAGAACGACCUGUUGGGUCACCCAAAGAUCAAGGCUUUUGUGGCUCAUGGUGGCAACAACGGUGUCUACGAGUCCAUCUACCACGGAGUCCCCGUCAUCGGCCUCCCUCUUAUGUUUGACCAGUUCGAAAAUGUUUUCAGACUGGAAGUGCGAGGAGCUGCGAGGGUGGUAGACGCAACGAAACUCAGCAGGCAGAGCUUUGUGGAAGCGGUGCGUGACGUCCUCAACAACCCGUCCUACAGAAACAACAUGAAGCGUCUGUCCGCUCUCCAUCGGGACCAGCCGAGGCACCCGCUGGACACGGCAGUCUUCUGGACCGAGUUCGUCAUGCGGCACAAAGGAGCUGCACAUUUACGCACAGAGUCCUACAAGAUGCCGUGGUAUUCGUACUAUUCUGUGGACGUUGUCUGCUUCCUGCUGGCAGCUCUGUUGAUGCUGAGCGCUGCUGUGGUUGGAUCCUUACGGUUCAUCUGCCUUCCACUGUGCAGGAGAAGAAAACCGAAGCAGGAGUGACUCCUCACAUGAAUCUGCUUUUUAAAAUAAAUGAUCUUAAAGCAGAAGUUCAAAUCAUUUUCAUUUAUGAACAAUAAUACAAUACCUGCUGAUAGGUCCUAAAUAAACAUCUUAUCUGAAAGAUUUCAUAACUGGUGACGCAACACUUCCUCUUAAAUCAUCACAGUGUCAUCAGUUUACAUUUG